AUGUCGGGUUCAGCGCGCGUAUCGUCACCAGAUGGCACGGUGAAGAAAACGGACACCGUGGGCACUGUUGAGGAGCCCAACACGCUGAAAGGCUAUGGCUCUGUGCCGGGUGUCAUAGACGAGGUGACCCGAGUUGUCGACCACAAGGCUGAACGGCGUCUCUGUCGGAAGUUUGACUAUCGCCUACUCCCCAUCCUAGCGGUGAUGUACCUAUUCAAUGCCCUAGACAAGGGAAAUCUUGGAAAUGCAGAAACCGAUGGAAUGAGCAAGGAUCUGAACUUCAAGCCGAAUGAGUACAACCUCCUGUUAUCGAUUUUCUUUGUUCCGUUCGUGAUAUUUGCACCGCCCUUCUCAAUGCUUGGAAAGAAGUUCAGUCCAGCGCGCGUACUUCCGAUCUUGAUGUUCUCAUUUGGUUCCUUCACGAUGCUCUCCUCAGCCGCCUACAAUUUCAGCGGGAUGUUCGCCUUGCGCUGGUUCCUGGGAAUGUCUGAGGCUGCAUUUUUCCCACUGGUCAUCUAUUACUUGACCACAUUUUACCGUCGUGGCGAGCUGGCUCGUCGCCUGGCUGUUUUCUACGCUGCCUCGAACAUCGCAAACGCUUUCUCCGGGCUCAUUGCGUUCGGAGUGUUCCAGAUCAAAGGGUCUCGUAUUCCUAAUUGGCGCUAUCUUUUCAUUAUUGAGGGCGGCGUCACUGUUCUCUUCGCUAUAUUCGCAUUCUUUUAUCUCCCACGGAGUGCCGCAGAGGCGAAGUUCUUGUCUGAGGAGGAGAAGGCGCUAGCUUUCCACCGAAUUCAAGUCGACUCCAGUGCAGUAGUCAACGAGAAGUUUAACUUCCGCGAGGCUCUUGGCAUCUUCAAGCACCCCACCACAUACGCCUUCUUGUGUAUUGAAAUAUGUCUCGGUGUGCCUUUGCAAGGUGUCGCGCUCUUCAUGCCGCAGAUCGUCGGAGGGCUGGGUUAUCCCACCGUCAAGACCAACCUGUACACCGUUGCACCCAAUGUGACAGGAGCAGUGAUGCUGCUGGUGCUCGCCUUCUCCUCCGAUUGGACUAGACUCCGAUCGCCAUUCAUUGUUCUGGGUUUCCUGCUCACUUUCUCCGGGUUCAUGAUCUAUUCAUCCAUCGACGAUGUCCAGAGUGACAUCCAUGUCGCCUACUUCGCAACUUUCAUGAUGACUUGGGGAACGUCCGCCCCAUCCGUGAUGCUAAGCACUUGGUAUAAUAACAACAUCGCCCACGAGGGUCGCCGUGUACUAUUAACCAGUAUCGGCGUGCCUUUGGCCAACUUGAUGGGCUUGGUGAGCAGCAACUUGUUCCGGAAGCAAGAUGCUCCCAAGUAUACGCCCGCGCUGAUUAGCGUUGCUGCAUUCGGUGCUACUGGCGCUUGCUUGACGGCUGGUCUGGCACUCUACAUGUGGCUGGAUAACAAGCGACGCGACCGUAGUGAUGGAGUCACAAUUCGGGCACGGGAUAUUCCAACGGAGAGAAUGAGAGAUGGGCCGGCAUCUGCUGAGUUCCGAUGGUUUUUGUAG